AUGGGUUUGAAAUCACGUGUUGGCAACUCGCAACACCAGCCACUGGAUAACGACCCUGGCAAUGCUUCUCACAACAGCCAUGAUCGCCCAAAUGAACCACAAAAGCGGCAUCCGUACAACACAGUGCAUCGCGAAUGGCUAGGCGUAGCCGUCUCCGAGGGGGGCGAAACGCCGAAGCCGGUUGACGGACCUGAGGCUUCGAGCUUGAAUCGGUGGCUGCAGGAGAGCAUGCGUGAGGAACCAUACAAUGUCGUGGCUGAGUUCAGAACCGUCGAAAUGGCGGCUGCAGAUUCGACGGCUUGUGGUAGUUGUGUUGGUGCUGUCAUGUGUGAGAGCUGUAUUGGCGUGUCUUCUGAAAACAAAAUGUAG